AACCAGAGACGUUUUUUCUCUUUUCCGAAAAAAGUUAGGAAAGGAAAGUAUCUUGAGAAAACAUGGCGGAGUAAAAGAUUGAGAAGUUUUGCGAUGCUUCCUGAUAAAUCAUAAACUCCCGAAACGCAGGAGAUGUAGCGCGAUUACAGAUAUAAAGCUGUAUAGAUCUGACAGUGUAUGAGGAUGGAGGCUUCGUGUCUUGAAUUGGCUCUGGAAGGUGAGCGCUUGUGUAAAGUUGGCGAUUACAGCGCAGGUGUGUCCUUUUUUGAGUCGGCCAUCCAGGUGGGCACAGAAGAUCUGCAGAUAUUGAGCGCCAUCUACAGUCAACUGGGCAACGCCUACUUUCACCUGCAUGAUUACAACAAAGCACUCGAAUAUCACCGCCAUGAUCUUACCCUCACCAGGACUAUCGGAGAUCAGCUGGGAGAGGCUAAAGCUAGCGGGAACCUCGGAAACACAUUAAAGGUUCUGGGCCGCUAUGAUGAAGCAGCACUUUGUUGCCAAAGACACCUGGACAUUUCCAGAAUGCUUCAUGACAAGGUGGGGCAGGCUCGAGCCCUGUAUAAUUAUGGGAACGUGUACCACGCCAAAGGGAAGAACAUAUGCUGGAGUGGUAUGGACCCUGGAGAUUUUCCGGAGGAGGCGCGUAUUGCUCUAAAGAAAGCGACUGAGUAUUACGAAGCGAAUCUGAUCAUUGUGAAGGAGUUAUGUGACCGAGCGGCACAGGGCAGGACCUAUGGCAACCUUGGCAACUCGCACUAUUUGCUGGGAAAUUUCCAAGAUGCUGUUCUUGCCCAUGAGCAGCGUCUCCUCAUUGCAAAAGAGUUUGGCGACAGGUCUGCGGAGAGGCGAGCGUACUGUAACCUUGGAAAUGCUUACAUUUUCCUCGGGCAGUUUGAGGUCGCAGCUGAACAUUACAAGCGUACAUUGCAAUUGGCCCGGCAGCUGAAGGAUCGGGCUGUUGAAGCUCAGGCCUGUUACAGUCUGGGAAACACUUACACUUUACUACAGGACUUUGAGAGAGCUAUAGACUAUCAUCUCAAACAUCUCACCAUAGCUCAAGAUUUAAAAGACAGGAUUGGAGAAGGCCGGGCUUGUUGGAGUCUAGGGAACGCCUACACCGCACUUGGAAACCACGAACAGGCCAUGAGCUUUGCCCAGAAACAUCUGGAGAUCUCGAAAGAGAUCGGCGACCGCAGCGGAGAGCUGACGGCCAGAAUGAACGUAUCGGAUCUCCAGCUGGUUUUGGGUCUCAAACAAAAUAAUUCAAACAUAAACAGCCCGACCUUCAUAGAAAGGCUGCCGUCUGACAGCAGUCCACCUGAUGAAAGAUCCAGAGGCAGCAGAAGACUCAGUAUGGAGAACAUGGAACUCAUGAAACUCAGCACUGACAAAAAUAUGUCGGGUGAGGAGAAUACAUCCCCACAGCAGACCAAAACACCAACUAAAUCAUCCAUAGCCAAGACAUCUUCCAAACUUUUCUUCAUCAAUCGCUUCAGUAAGAAGAAACACAAGCUGAAUGGAUCGAAUCCCGAUACGACAGCAGAAAACAACAGUGGUGACCCACCAUCACCCAACCUGGACACACAGCGUGCUCCAGACACAUUGGGUGACGAUGGCUUUUUUGACCUUCUAACCCGCUUUCAAGGCAACCGUAUGGAUGACCAGAGGUGCACUUUAGAUGCAAACCGUCCUCCUGACCCCUCCCCUCUCUGUGAAACCCCACCCAUAGCCUUGAGGAAAUCUACUUCCGAGUCCGCAGCGGACGCCUUGGCACAGCCCGGGCACUUACUAGAUCUGCUGGCGAGUUCACAGAGUCGUCGGCUAGACGAACAGCGGGCCAGCGUGGACAGUCUGCCGGGUCUACGGCUGGACCAGCGACACAGUCAGGAUGUCCUCAGCAAACUCAUGGCCUCUGCAGAUAGCAAAGAACCAGAAGAAGACUUCUUUGAAAUGCUAAUAAAGUGCCAGGGAUCAAGGUUAGAUGAUCAGAGAUGUGCUCCUCCACCUCCUCCAUCCAGAGGCCCUACGGUCCCAGACGAAGACUUCUUCAGUCUUAUUCUCCGUUCACAGGCCAAAAGAAUUGAUGAGCAGCGAGUCAUCUUACCCGCAGACCAAUCCUGACUUAUCUCAAGAUGAAGCUGGUAUACUGAGGCACUAUUAGACCAAAUAUGUUUGGGAUCUUGUGGUUUUAUUUGUGAAUCAAUGCUUUUCAACACAUCGGACACUACGAGAUGUUUCUCUUCCUGCCUAACAUGAAGAAUUUUGGAGAAGGAGAUGAAGUACAGGAAGAGUUUAACAUUUGAGUUUAUUUGUAACAUUGUCUUGGGUUUAUCUCAAGAUUUCACGUUCUGAACUGGAUUUAAGUGAGGUUUCAUCUGAAUCGGAUCAAAACCGCCGUCUCUUCCUCAGGGAUGUAAUACAACGCACUGAAAUGUGUUUCAUUCACCUGGUUAACUGGACGUAAUCACAGCUGAUAUUGGACAGUAGACUUGAAGUAAUUUUAUAUAUUUUAACACUAAACUCAGUAUCAUUUCCUAAAAACCCUUGUUUUAUUUUGAUCUUUUUUACUUGAAUUGUUUUAUAUUACUGUUUAAUAUCAAACAACCCGUAUUUUACAUUUGAAAUGUUUUGGAUAAGAAAAAUCUGGAAAUUAUAUGUACAGUAUACAUAAACGUAUUUGUUCUGGAACUGAUAUAAGAA